CCCCGGAUACACCCGGACGAAGAAGAGGAGCGAACAAGGCGCGUUUUAACUGCGCAUGUUCAGCGCAGUUUCUCGCUGCUGUUUUUUUCUGUAGCAACGUUUUCUGCCGCUGAGGGACUUUAAUUUCAUGGCCAGACACAUGAGGCCUCCGAGCACGUCUCUGUUUGUCAGGAACAUCGGCGAUGAGUCCAGGCCUGAGGAUUUGCGGCGUGAGUUUGGCCGCUAUGGGCCGAUAGUAGAUGUCUACAUCCCACUUGACUUCUAUACACGUCGACCAAGAGGAUUUUCAUACAUUCAAUUUGAGGACGUGCGUGAUGCAGAGGAUGCUCUUCACAGCCUGGACAGGAAGUGGGUUGGUGGCCGGCAGAUUGAAAUCCAGUUUGCACAGGGCGACAGAAAGACUCCCAACCAGAUGAAGGCGAAGGAGCGGCCUUCUCCCGGCAGAUCCUCUCGAUACGACGACUGCGAUCGAGACAGCCGGCGCAGACGCUCGCGCAGCCGCAGCUACGACAGAUACAGAUCCCGCAGCCCUUCGUGCGAUCGCCGGCGCAGACGGUCGGAGAGUCCGCGAGAAUCUCGUGGGCGGAUUUAUGGAAGAGGAAGGAGCAGGAGCCGUGAGGAAGACAGAUACAAGCAGCGGCCGAGGAGGGAGUCCAGAGGAAGAUCUCGAUCGCGCUCCAGAUCGGCGUCUCCGCGAGAAAACAUCAACCCAGCUUCGACUUCCCAUUACACGGAGGAAGAAGUGCGACGUGCACACUCCCCGACCCACUCACGAUCCCGUUCUGUGUCAAGAUCACGCUCCCGCUCUCGGUCCAGGUCCUGGGCGGGACGCAAGUCAGGAGGACGCUAGAAAGUAUCCGCUCCCUCCUUUAAAACCUUCCUUCAGCUCCGUACCAGAGCUGGUUGUUUGUUAAGAAAAGAUUCGUUUGACAUGAAUGUAACGUCCACUGAACCAUUUGUAGAAAGUUUGUUUUUGCAGCUUCCUUUUAUGAACAAUGCCCAAGGUCCUUUGCUUGUUUUUAUAAAAUUAUUUUGGUAAUAUUUCCUGAUAGGAACAUGAUGCAGUUUGCAGGUUCUAUGUUCAGUGGUAGUCGGCCAGGAAUAAUCUGUUGUCUUUUUUUUUUUACCUACAGUUGCUGAUAAUUUAGUUUUCUAAACCCUAUGCACCCAUUUUUGCAAAAACAGUCAGUAUUUUAAAAGGAAUCCAAGUUGUUAAUGAGUCCGAGCAGCUUCUUUUCAGCUGCUUUCAGACAUGACCCGAGGUCCGGACAUUUUCCGCAGAGGCUGUUGCUCCGGACAUUUUCUGGAACUUUCCUACCUGCACCUCUGGGAAAAUGUCUAAGUUAGUCCACGUGAGAAUACAGCAAGAAAACAUCAUUGAAAAAGAGGUGAACAGAAGACGCGGAUAAAGAUUUCAACUUAGAAAGACGACAAAAUUCAAGAGCUCUCGCCGAUAAGAGCCGAGGCUGUCGGUGACUUCCUGAUCUCCUGCUGUGUUCUUCAUGUGUGAGAACAUCCAGACCCAGUUCUCCAGAGUUCAUGUAUGAAAACAGGUGGUUUUGUCGCACGUGACCGGUUUUCUCAAACGUAGAUUCAAAGUUUUUUGGGUGGUUCUUUUUCCUCUUUUUUUUUCAACGCGGCCACAGAGAUGAAUGUGUCUCUUUAAGAAUCAACUUAAAACUCAGCUUGAUUGAUAAUUCAUCACGUUGCACAUUAUUUAUAAUCUUCCACUUUUACUGUCGGCUACAAACCGACUUGAAAAGAGUUUUCCUGCAGCAGUAAUGUGAUUGAGAAGGAUGAAAACUGACACUGAUGGAUUAAACUUCAAGUUGAUAUUUUUAUAUUUUAACAUUUAAACCUCUGGCUGCCUGGACGGAAUAAAAAAAAAAAAACACGAUUUGAAAUCUGUUUGGACAAAAAUACACAAAUACUAUGAUCUUUUUAAAAAGUGUUUUGUCGAUCUGAAUCUGUUUGUACAUUAAUCCGUUUUUCAUUUUGUGGUGUUUUCUGUAACAGUAGAACCUUUUUCUAAAGGUGUUUAAUUUUCCAACACUUCCUCAAAAAUCAUCGGAUCUUUAUCCGACUGUGUUGAUAGUUUUUCUGAGCAGCUCUUGUUGUCACGGCAUGUUUUAUCCUCCCGAUCUUCUAUCAUCCGUAGAAAGAAACUGUUAUUUUGAGUAUUAAAUGAUAACGUUCUGUAAAAAGAAA